AAAACGCCGAGACACGUGGCAUAAAUUGACUUGAACAAACUUUCAAAAGGCUACGCAACCUUUCCUUCUCCGGAAGACUCCAACUACCUGUCUGCACGUCUGCUCCACGCCGGCCCAUCCUUCUGCUCUGCCCACAACAUAACACAAUCCCAAAAAUGUCAACAAUUUAAAUCUUGACCUUCAUUGAAAUUGAAAUUGAAAUCCCUAUUCAUUUUCCAACAAUAUACACCAGAAUAUCCAAAAGCUCAUCACAGUCAUGGGGACCGAGACAGCGUCCGUGGGGAUAUCAGAGCCGUUGCUUCACGAUUCGGACAAGAUCAGCCCCCUUCAGUCCGUCGAUGAUGAUGACCAAGUCCCCGAAUGGAAGGACCAGAUCACGCUCAGAGGGCUGGUGGUGAGCGCGCUGUUGGGGACCCUCUUCUGCAUCAUCACCCACAAGCUCAAUCUUACGGUCGGGAUUAUUCCGUCCAUGAAUGUCGGCGCUGGGCUUCUAGGCUUCUUCUUCGUCAAGUCCUGGACUGGCCUCUUGUCCAAAUUAGGGUUUUCUGUUGCUCCCUUUACCAGGCAAGAAAACACCGUCAUCCAGACCUGCGUUGUUGCUUGUUACGGCCUCGCUUUUAGCGGGGGAUUCGGUUCCUAUCUGAUUGCAAUGGAUGAGCGAACAUAUAAUCUUAUUGGUGCUGAUUACCCUGGUAAUCGGGCAGAAGAUGUUAAAAAUCCAAGCUUGUGGUGGAUGACUGGUUUCAUAUUUGUUGUCAGCUUCCUUGGCCUUUUUAGUCUUGUUCCCCUUCGCAAGGUUAUGGUCUUGGACUACGAACUCACGUAUCCCAGUGGGACAGCCACAGCAAUGUUGAUAAAUAGUUUUCAUACUAACACUGGUGUUGAGCUUGCUGGGAAGCAAGUUCGUGCUCUAGGAAAGUAUUUAAGUAUAAGUUUAAUUUGGAGCUGCUUUAAGUGGUUCUUUAGUGGUGUUGGAGAUUCAUGCGGAUUUGACAACUUUCCUAGCUUUGGGUUGACACUGUUUAAGAACACGUUUUAUUUUGACUUCAGUCCAACUUAUGUUGGAUGCGGUCUCAUAUGCUCUCACAUAGUCAACUGCUCAGUUCUUUUUGGGGCUAUCUUAUCAUGGGGUUUUCUUUGGCCAUUAAUAUCACAAUAUGCUGGGGACUGGUAUCCAGCGGAUCUUGGUAGUAAUGAUUUCAAAGGUCUUUAUGGAUAUAAGGUCUUUAUUGCCAUUGCCCUCAUACUAGGGGAUGGUGUCUACAAUUUGGUGAAGAUUAUAACUGUUACUUUCAAGGAAAUACGCAAUAAGAGUAGCAAACAGAGCAACCUUCCUGUUGUUAAUGAGGUUUUAGAUGGUGACAGUUCUGAAGUUACACUGGAGCAGAAAAAGAGGGAAGAGGUAUUUCUAAAGGACAGAAUACCAACGUGGGUUGCGGGUGCAGGAUAUGUGGGCCUAGUUGCAAUAUCUACAGCAACAAUGCCAAUCAUCUUUCCACCUCUCAAAUGGUAUUUGGUUCUAGGCUCAUAUGUCCUUGCUCCAGCCCUUGCCUUCUGCAACUCCUAUGGCACUGGCCUCACAGACUGGAAUUUAACUACAACUUAUGGGAAGAUUGGUCUCUUCAUCAUUGCUUCGCUAGUUGGACGUGAUGGUGGGGUUAUAGCUGGGUUAGCAGCUUGUGGGGUGAUGAUGUCCAUUGUCUCUACCGCAGCUGAUCUCAUGCAAGACUUCAAGACGGGCUACCUCACUAUGUCCUCGGCCAAGUCUAUGUUUAUUAGCCAGCUAGUGGGAACGGCCAUGGGCUGUGUGAUUGCUCCAUUAACAUUCUGGUUGUUUUGGACUGCUUUUGACAUUGGGUCACCUGAUGGUCCGUACAAAGCACCGUAUGCUGUAAUAUUCAGGGAGAUGGCAAUACUAGGCAUCGAGGGCUUCUCAGAGCUGCCCAAGCAUUGCAUGGCUAUGUGCUGUGGUUUUUUUGUGGCAGCUCUGGUCAUAAACCUCCUGAGGGAUGUGACCCCUAAGAAAAUAUCACAAUUUAUUCCUAUUCCAAUGGCGAUGGCAGUCCCGUUCUAUAUCGGAGCAUACUUUGCCAUCGACAUGUUUGUUGGGACAGUGAUAUUGUUCAUAUGGGAGCGAUUGAAUAGGAAGGACGCAGAGGAUUAUGCAGCGGCAGUUGCUUCGGGUCUAAUAUGUGGUGAUGGGAUUUGGACAAUUCCAUCAGCGAUCCUCUCUAUUUUCAAGGUCAAUCCACCCAUCUGCAUGUACUUUGGCCCUUCUUUGAGCAGCUGAGUUUAGUUGCUUGGACUUUGUAAAUAACUACUUAACUUAUGUAUGAUUUAAUUGACCGUAAACUUAUUGGGGUUCCCUUGCCCUCCAUGUACAUUAAAUCAAACGGUUGAAUACUUGGAACUUGUAUGGCU